CUAGGCAUGCAGACUGCUUCUACAAACAUUUGUGAAAGAAUGGGUCGCUCUCAGGAGCUCAGUGAAUUCAAGCGUGGUACCAUGAUAGGUUGCCACCUGUGCAAUAAGUUCAUACAUGAAAUUUCCUUGCUGCUAAAUACUCCACGGUCAACUUCUAGUGGUAUUAUAACAAAGUGGAAGCAACUGGGAACAACAGCAACUCAGCCAUGAACACCAGUGGACUCUAGAGCAGUGAGGACGUGUUUUCUGGAGUGACGAAUCACUCUUCUCUGUCUAGAAAUCCAAUGGACGUGUCUGGAUUUUGCAGUUGCCAUGAGAACGGUACCUGACUGCAUUGUGCCAAGUGUAA